AAGAUAAGUGACGUGCGCAUUCCAUCAGAGUUAAAUAUUUUCAGUCGAGUAAAGUUCAGAAAUUCAGUAAUUCAUUGGAACGCUUACCUUCGAGUUGGAAAAAAAAAUAAAUUUUCAAAAUGUAUCAUCGUACACUCGACGAGAUUUUAGAGAAACAUUUACCUGAACCAGAACUAUGUGAGGCAAGACGAAUUUUAUACGGUUCUGAAACAAUUCAAAAAUUAGAGUUGCCGAAGAUUUCGGAAAAUUUAAAAUGUGAAGUCCAAGGAUGGAAAUUAGGCAAUACAAUUGAGGAGGAGUUACGAUCGUCCCGCUUGGUUCGCGUUGCCGUCAUUCAAAAUUCCAUUGUUCAACCAACAACUGUUUCAAUUCAUCAACAAAGGGACGCGAUUCAUAAAAAAAUUACUGGAUAUCUGGAGCAUGCAGCUGCCUGCAAAGUCAAUAUUGUUUGUCUUCAAGAGGCCUGGCCAAUGCCAUUUGCAUUUUGCACGAGAGAAAAAUAUCCCUGGUGUGAAUUUGCUGAGGACGCGGAGACAGGACCAACAACGACAUUAUUGUCAAAAAUUGCCGCCAAAUAUGGAAUGAUUAUAAUUUCACCGAUUUUAGAACGUGAUUUUGAGCAUGGCGAAACAAUUUGGAAUACAUGCGUUGUCAUUGGCAACGAUGGAAGAGUUAUUGGAAAGCAUAGAAAAAAUCAUAUUCCAAGAAUUGGCGAUUUUAACGAAUCGACAUAUUAUGCCGAGGGAAAUACUGGACAUCCAGUUUUUGAAACUUGCUUCGGUCGAAUUGCCAUCAAUAUUUGCUACGGUCGUCAUCAUCCUCAAAAUUGGAUGAUGUUCGGAAUAAAUGGCGCUGAAAUUGUAUUUAAUCCAAGUGCGACUGUUGGCGAACUAUCGGAACCACUUUGGCCAAUUGAAGCAAGAAAUGCGGCGAUAGCGAAUAAUUAUUACACCUUUGCUGUGAAUCGCGUUGGAACGGAAAUAUUUCCAAAUGAAUUCACAUCGGCCGAUGGAAAGCCAGCGCAUAAAGAUUUCGGUCACUUUUAUGGUUCAAGUUAUGCAACCGCUCCCGAUGGUACACGAACUCCGGGUUUAAAUCGCAAUCGAGAUGGAAUUCUAAUCACUCAAAUUGAUCUCAAUCUUUGCCGUCAAAUGAAGGACAAAUGGGGCUUGAGAAUGACACAACGCUUGGAUUUGUACGCUAAUGAACUCGCAGAAGCCAGUAAAUUGAAUUACAAGCCACAAAUUGUGCGAAAGUAAAGAAAAAACUUUUUCUUUUCCUAAAGUCUUUAUUUCGCAGAAAUGGAAUCAAAAGUGUAAAAAAAGAAAAAUGGUUUCUAGUUGAAAAAUACUAAAAAAAAAACUAGAUUUAAACUAAUCUACAAAUUCUAAGAACAAAUAUUGUAAGAACAACGAUUUUCUCACAAAUGAAAUAAAUAAUUUUUGUUUCGUUCUCUUAGAGAAAAAUAAGUUUUUUUUGUAAAAUCAGUGGAAUAAUUAAAUUAUUAAAUUAAUAUAAUAUAUAUAUAAAAAAGUAAA